GCAAGAGAUCCUCCUUUUUCGCUCUUUUUGAAAUCCAAUUGUCGAAUUCACAACAAUGGCUCACAGCAACAUCUGGAACUCCCACCCCCGUGGCUAUGGCAAGGGCUCCCGCGAGUGCCGCGUCUGCACUCACCCCGCUGGUUUGAUCCGCAAGUACGGUCUCAACAUCUGCCGUCAGUGCUUCCGUGAGAACGCUGCUGCCAUCGGUUUCACCAAGACCCGCUAAAUUGUUCUUUUGAUUUAAUGGAGUCUAAACCAUUAUUGUCAAUAUCGCUGGAAAUAAAGAUUUGAUCUUUCCGUGCCUCUUGCAUUUUUAUACUCGUGUAGUUGAUCUCCAUAUAUGUGGUCAAAAGUGUGCUUUACAGGUCGUCCUUUUGCAUGUGAAGUGUGAGGAUUGAAGAUGAAUUAAGCACUUUCCAAAUUUAUUUUUCUCUGGUUCCUCGAUGGU